CCGUUCUGAGUGCCUGACUGCCUCGCCCCGAAGGAUGGCCUCUGAUGGGCAUUAGAGGCACAGCGGCCCCGGGCUCCUGUCCCGUCCGUCUGUCUGUUUUCGUCUGUCUCUCUUGACAUCACCGCAGCUCCACCCCCUCCCGUCCCAGCCCCCAACGCCAGCUUCCUGUGGGCCCAGAGCCGGCAUGAACUCUCCCACCGAGUCGGUGGAGGUGAAGCCGGUGCUGCCGGGAGCCAUGCCCAGCUCCAUGGGGGGCGGGGGUGGAGGCAGCCCCAGCCCCGCGGAGCUGCGGGGUGCCCUGGCGGGCCCUGUGGACCCCUCACUGAGGGAGCAGCAGCUGCAGCAGGAGCUCCUGGCACUCAAGCAGCAGCAGCAGCUGCAGAAGCAGCUCCUGUUCGCCGAGUUCCAGAAACAGCACGACCACCUGACGCGGCAGCAUGAGGUCCAGCUGCAGAAGCACCUCAAGCAGCAGCAGGAGAUGCUGGCGGCCAAGAGGCAGCAGGAGCUGGAGCAGCAGCGGCAGCGGGAGCAGCAGCGGCAGGAAGAGCUGGAGAAGCAGCGGCUGGAGCAGCAGCUGCUCAUCCUGCGAAACAAGGAGAAGAGCAAAGAGAGUGCCAUCGCCAGCACUGAGGUGAAGCUGAGGCUCCAGGAAUUCCUCUUGUCGAAGUCAAAGGAGCCCACGCCAGGCGGCCUCAACCAUUCCCUCCCACAGCAUCCCAAAUGCUGGGGAGCCCACCAUGCUUCUUUGGACCAGAGUUCCCCUCCCCAGAGUGGCCCCCCUGGGACGCCUCCCUCCUACAAACUGCCUUUGCUUGGGCCCUAUGACAGCCGCGAUGACUUCCCCCUCCGCAAAACAGCCUCUGAACCCAACUUGAAAGUGCGUUCGAGGCUAAAGCAGAAGGUGGCUGAGCGGAGAAGCAGUCCCCUCCUGCGUCGCAAGGAUGGGACAGUCAUUAGCACCUUUAAGAAGAGAGCUGUUGAGAUCACUGGUGCUGGGCCUGGAGUGUCGUCCGUGUGUAACAGCGCACCAGGCUCCGGCCCCAGCUCUCCCAACAGCUCCCACAGCACCAUUGCUGAGAAUGGCUUUACUGGCUCAGUCCCCAACAUCCCCACUGAGAUGCUCCCCCAGCACCGGGCCCUCCCUCUGGACAGCUCCCCCAACCAGUUCAGCCUCUACACGUCUCCCUCUCUGCCCAACAUCUCCCUAGGGCUGCAGGCCACAGUCACUGUCACCAACUCGCACCUCACGGCCUCCCCGAAGCUGUCAACGCAGCAGGAGGCCGAGAGGCAGGCCCUCCAGUCCCUGCGGCAGGGUGGCGCGCUGACGGGCAAGUUCAUGAGCACAUCCUCCAUCCCCGGCUGCCUGCUGGGCGUGGCGCUGGAGGGUGACACCAGCCCCCACGGGCAUGCCUCCCUGCUGCAGCACGUGCUGCUGCUGGAGCAGGCUCGGCAGCAAAGCACCCUCAUCGCUGUGCCACUCCACGGGCAGUCCCCGCUGGUGACAGGUGAACGUGUGGCCACCAGCAUGCGGACAGUGGGCAAGCUCCCGCGGCACCGGCCCUUGAGCCGCACUCAGUCCUCCCCGCUACCCCAGAGCCCCCAGGCCCUGCAGCAGCUGGUCAUGCAGCAGCAGCACCAGCAGUUCCUGGAGAAACAGAAGCAACAGCAGCUGCAGCUGGGCAAGAUCCUCACCAAGACUGGGGAGCUGCCACGGCAGCCCACCACCCACCCCGAGGAGACAGAGGAGGAGCUGACUGAGCAGCAGGAGGCCUUGCUUGGGGAGGGGGCCCUGACCAUCCCCCGGGAAGGCUCCACGGAGAGUGAGAGUACGCAGGAAGACCUGGAGGAGGAGGAAGAGGAGGAGGAGGAGGAGGAGGAGGAAGAGGAGGAGGAGGACUGCAUCCAGGUCAAGGACGAGGAGGGCGAGAGCGGCACCGAGGAGGGGCCCGACUCGGAGAGGAGAGGGGCCGGUGUGUGGGAAGGCGGCUGGGGUGGGGCCGGGGUGGCCAUGGGGAGGUACUGGGGCCAGGGCUGACUGGGGAGAGCUUGGUGAGCUCUGCCGGGGAUGGCAGUGGCUAGGCUGCCGUGGCCCAGAGCGGUGCUGGCUGAUGGGUAUGUCUCCGGUCCAGGUGUGGUCUACGACACGUUCAUGCUGAAGCAUCAGUGCAUGUGCGGGAACACACACGUGCACCCUGAGCAUGCCGGCCGGAUCCAGAGCAUCUGGUCUCGGCUGCAGGAGACAGGCCUGCUUAGCAAGUGUGAGCGGAUCCGGGGUCGCAAAGCCACACUGGACGAGAUCCAGACGGUGCACUCCGAAUACCACACCCUGCUCUAUGGGACCAGCCCCCUCAACCGACAGAAGCUUGACAGCAAGAAGCUGCUUGGCCCCAUCAGCCAGAAGAUGUAUGCCAUGCUGCCUUGUGGGGGCAUUGGGGUGGACAGUGACACUGUGUGGAACGAGAUGCACUCCUCCAGUGCUGUGCGCAUGGCAGUGGGCUGCCUGGUAGAGCUGGCUUUCAAGGUGGCAGCAGGAGAGCUCAAGAAUGGAUUUGCCAUCAUCCGGCCCCCAGGACACCACGCAGAGGAGUCCACAGCCAUGGGAUUCUGCUUCUUCAACUCUGUAGCCAUCACAGCCAAACUCCUACAGCAGAAGCUGAACGUGGGCAAGGUUCUCAUCGUGGACUGGGACAUUCACCACGGCAAUGGCACCCAACAAGCCUUUUACAAUGACCCGUCUGUGCUCUACAUCUCCCUGCAUCGCUAUGACAACGGGAACUUCUUUCCAGGCUCUGGGGCUCCUGAAGAGGUUGGCGGAGGGCCAGGUGUGGGGUACAAUGUGAACGUGGCAUGGACGGGAGGUGUGGAUCCCCCCAUCGGAGAUGUGGAGUACCUAACAGCCUUCAGGACAGUGGUGAUGCCCAUUGCCCACGAGUUCUCACCUGACGUGGUCCUGGUCUCUGCCGGGUUUGAUGCUGUUGAGGGACACCUGUCUCCACUGGGUGGCUACUCUGUCACCGCCAGAUGUUUUGGCCACUUAACCAGGCAGCUGAUGACGCUGGCAGGGGGCCGGGUGGUGCUGGCCCUGGAGGGAGGCCACGACUUGACCGCCAUCUGUGAUGCCUCUGAGGCCUGUGUCUCAGCCCUGCUCAGCGUGGAGCUGCAGCCCUUGGACGAGGCAGUCUUGCAACAAAAGCCCAACAUCAACGCAGUGGCCACGCUAGAGAAAGUCAUCGAGAUCCAGAGCAAACACUGGAGCUGCGUACAGAGGUUCGCUGCUGGUCUAGGCCGUUCCCUGCGGGAGGCCCAGGCAGGGGAGACGGAGGAGGCUGAGACUGUGAGCGCCAUGGCCUUGCUGUCGGUGGGGGCCGAGCAGGCCCAGGCUGCUGCAGCCCGGGAGCACAGCCCCAGGCCGGCAGAGGAGCCCAUGGAACAGGAGCCUGCCCUGUGACACCCUGGCCCCCGUCCCUCUGGGCUUCAUCAUUGUGAUUUUGUUUAUUUUUUCUAUUAAAAACAAAAAGUCACACAU